AUGGUGUUGCAUGCUGCUCUUUCGAUGCACGCCGCAGCCGGACACUACCGCCGCCGCCGGCUAUCUUCGCCGCCCUUGCUUCUCGUUGCUUGCCUUGCCGUCCUUGUGCUGCCGCAGCCGAGGCUCUCCCGGGCGGCGGCGACUUCGACGGUGGUCACCCACCUGCCGGGAUUCGAUGGCCCUCUUCCCUUCUACCUGGAGACCGGGUACGUGGGGAUAGAGGAGGAGACCGGGGCGGAGCUGUUCUACUACUUCGUGGAGUCGGAGCGGAGCCCGCGCACGGACCCCUUGCUCCUGUGGCUGUCGGGCGGGCCCCGGUGCAGCGCCUUCAGCGCACUUGCGUUUCAGAUUGGUCAGUGCCUUUGA